AUGUCGUUGGGUGAAGAGUUCCGGUCGCGCAAUUUCAGCAUCUAUGGUCAAUGGACUGGUGUGCUGUGCAUUAUCCUUUGCCUUGCACUUGGCAUCGCCGCCAUCUUUUCUUUCAACGUGGUUCUGAUCAUCAUCGGUUGCUUCUCCAUUGCAUCGGCAUUCGUCAUCCUCUUCGUCGAAGUUCCCUUCCUCCUUCGAAUCUGUCCCACCUCUCCUAAAUUCGAUGCCUUCAUCCGCCGCUUCACGACCAACUGGAUGCGCGCCGCCAUGUAUACCGUCCUGAGUGCUAUCCAGUGGGUCAGUCUCGCCGAACGCGCUUCUAGCCUGAUCGCCGGUGCUGUCUUCCUUAUCAUUACCGCCGUGUUCUAUGCGCUCGCAGGGCUCAAGAAACAGGACUUCGUCGGUAGCAAAACUUUGGGCGGCCAGGGUGUUGCGCAGAUGAUUGUCUGA